GCUACAUACUAACGCUGCAGACAGAGAGGGAGAACCAGCUUGGAAAAAAACGUGUUACAGACACCUAGAAUAGAUUAAUUUGUCAGUAAGCACUCUAUAAAUAACCAUGGUGUUUGCUUGUUGUGCUGUGGGCUGCCACAACAGACAGGGACAGCGUGCAGGACUCUCCUUUUACCGGUUUCCUACUGACCCAGACAAGAGGGCCAAAUGGAUUGCAGCUGUGAAAAGACAGGAUUGGGAGCCAACAGAAUACUCCAGACUUUGCAGUGAUCAUUUAAUUUCAGAAAAAGCCAACCCUCUCGAUCUGCCUUUUCUCCUCUUUUGGAAAAAGCCAACCCACUCACUCCGCCUCUUCUCCUCUUCCGGAAAAAGCCAAUCGGCUCUACCCACCUCUUCUCCUCUCUCUGAAAAAGCUGCAGCGGAUGUGAGUUGCGAGGAUGCCCAGAGGAUGCAGAGAGGAUACAGCAGACGUUUAACGGAUGAUGACGGACAUAGAACGUUUGUUGCUCGUAUAUGUCGCGGAUUUACAUCGUACACGGCGGAAAGUUCAUCCGUUCUAAAAGUUUUGUGCAGCUCAAAACUUUUUGCGCGGAUGAAAUCACAGUGGACGGAUGCUCGAUGGAUAGAGCGUAUGAAGCACGUAUGCAAUGAGUACACAACAGAUGCAUAGCGUUUUCCAACGGAUGGCAAAGAUUUUUUUACGUUUUACAUCCUCUUUGCAUCCGUAAGUGCAGUGGGACCGGGCCUUUAACAGUGUAAUAGUGUUGCAGUGUUCUGCAUAUCUGCAAUUUAAUAUUUCAGAUC